AUGGCAUCCAAGAUGAAGGAUCGCAAGGUAGGCGCUCCCCUUGUGCGCUCUGGGAUGGAAACCUACUCGGAAACCGAGGCAUUUUCUAGUCGUUAUUUUAAUAUUUAUUACAAUAAUUUACUUUGGUACUCAUAAUGUACCAUCAUUAUGUCUAUGUGUAGUCAAAGGCGAAAUUUGGGUCCAUGGAAAUCGAUCGGAUAGCCUACUAUGCUUUUGCGCGCUCUAGUGAAAACGUAACCAAUAUAGUACACAUUUGAGUUAGCAAAAACGACUAAAAUGUAGCUAAUAAAUUUAAAGAAGAAAAGUGGGUUAAGUUAUCACUGCAAUAGUAUAAUUUACUGUUCGAAGCCCAUGUGUGCCAUACUCCAUGGUUGUGUUUGAGCCUUGGCACCUGCCUUGGUCAAUGCGAUACUCGCUAGCGCUGUUGCGCUCUAGUGCACCAAAGUGCACCAAGGUUACCAGUAGGAUAGGCUAUGCGUCUCUUUGCCGUUCGGUUUCCAAGUAGUUUCGUCUUCAUUCUAGUUUCAAUCAGCUUUUUGUUCUAGGUUUCCAGAGCUGUACACUUUAGACCGGUCCUACGGUUGAUUAUGUUUGUUUGUCUAAUCAUUUGCGUUGUUAUUUUUCAACAGAGAACUCCCAUCUCCCAUAAAGUGAUAGAAAAAAGAAGACGGGACCGCAUCAACCGCUGCCUAAACGAACUGGGGAAAACCGUGCCAAUGGCGCGCGCGAAACAGGUAGCCUACAGUACAGUUGUAAAAUUAAAUAAUCUUAUUCACAAUUCCUAACCGAUAGCCUAAAUUAUCUUAUUCGUUUUAUAUUGGCUAAAUAUAUUUCUUACAUAUUGGCUAAAUAUAUUUAAAUAUAUUUCUUAUUUAGCCUACUCGUUGUAUUAAAUCCUUGCUAUGCGUGACAAAUAGCGUAGCCUACAUAAUGUCUGCCAUCUGUAGGGUAAUCUGUUUGAUUUAGUGUAUUUAAACGACUUAAUAUGCUUUAUCUAAUAACUUUUUUUUCUGAUGAUAGAACUCGGGAAAGCUGGAGAAGGCCGAGAUUCUGGAGAUGACAGUUCAGUAUCUACGAGCGCUCCACUCCGCAGACUUCCCCCGGGGCAGAGAAAAAGGUGCGUAUUCCUGUCCGCUCCAAAGCCCACGGACCCGGGGCUCUCACCCAGAGCGCAUCAGUAUCCGGUUCCACCUUCUUUCACUCCAUUCCGGCUGUCUCGUUGACAUAUUUAUCGUCGUAAUAUCAAUCAUCAUCACUGUAGUCUACAUCGUAAAUAUAUCCUCAUAUUUGAACGUAAUAGCCUAAAGAAUAGUGGAGUUUCGGUGUGUUUUCUAAUCGUCCCCUUCUUCGGAUUCCUUUCAGGUGAGCUACUGGGGGAGUUCGCCAACUACUUCCACUAUGGCUACCACGAGUGCAUGAAGAACCUGGUGCACUACCUGACCACCGAGGAGAGGGUCGAGACCAAAGACAUCAAGUAUGCAAGGAUCCUGGCCUUUCUUCAGUCCAAGUCCCGGGUUGUCACCGAGCCGGUGUUCGGCUCCCUUGGCGCGUUGCCAGACCAAGCAGAUUAUCUGUGCCAGUUGCACUCCUCCCCGGAGUCACACCAGAGCCACAGCCCCAGCGACUCCGUGUUUCAGCAGAGCCCACCCGGACACUUCUCUUGGCACAGCACGGCGCGCAGCCCGACCAUCUCGUACCCAACCGUGCCGCUUUCCGCGCCGACGCAACAGCACCACGGUGGCUACUUGUCACCAGUGCAAGGACUUGACCAUCACUACUUCAACUUUUUCAACGGCCACCCGCACGCGAAUGCGUUCAGUUUGCACAGUACGCAACACGCGUUGUAA